AUGGGAAUACUAAUUUUCUCUGCUGGAGAACUCAUAAUUGCUGGAACAGAAACAACAACAAAUGUUCUAAGAUGGGCUGUGUUGUUCAUGGCUCUUUAUCCUAAUAUGCAAGGGCAAGUUCAUAAAGAAAUUGAUUUAGUCAUUGGGCCAAACAAAACACCCUGCCUAGAAGAUAAAUGUAAAAUGCCAUACACAGAGGCAGUACUGCAUGAAAUUUUAAGAUUCUGUAAUAUAGCUCCUCUAGGUAUUUUCCAUGCAAUUUCCAAGGAUACAGUAGUGCGAGGCUAUUCUAUCCCUCAAGGCACUACAGUAAUUACAAAUCUGUAUUCAGUACAUUUUGAUGAAAAGUACUGGAGUAACCCGGAAAUGUUUUGUCCCGAGAGGUUUUUGGACAAUUCUGGACAGUUUCACAAGAAUGAAGCAUUUGUUCCUUUUCCCCUAGGACGAAGACACUGUUUAGGAGAACAACUAGCCGGAAUGGAAAUGUUUUUAUUUUUUACUUCAUUACUUCAACGAUUUCAUCUGCAUUUUCCUAGUACUGUGACUCCAAACCUUAAGCCAAAGUUAGGCAUGACAUUGCAACCUCAUCCAUACCUUAUCUGUGCAGCAAGAUGACACUGAAUGCAAAUGUUGUGGCAGUAGCUCAAAGUGUGAGGUUCUAGGGGCCAGGAACAUGGGGGAAAUGGUGAGA